AUGUCUGGGAUGUUUGGGAAGGCUAAGUCUUGUGCUGAAUGUAACUUGGUGCUCCUCGGUGAAAUGGGCUGCGGGAAAUCAGCGCUCACUGUGAAAUUCCUGACAAAACGCUUCAUCAGUGAAUAUGACCCAUAUCUUGAGGAUAUCUAUUCAUCAGAAGAGUUUGUGGAUCAGCAGCUAGUUACAGUAAGAGUGAUGGACACCUUUGACCAGGAUGGCCCAGUAAACUGUGAGCGUUACCUGUCAUGGGCCAAUGCCUUCCUGGUGGUCUACAGUAUCGACAACAUGGAGAGCUUUGAACGCUGCCAGUCUUACUUGCAGACGCUUGACCAGCGUAACAAAACAUUUAAGCCUCAAGCUCCUAUCAUUCUACUGGGGAACAAGCUGGAUAUGAACAGAUACAGGCUAGUGCAGGUGAGUCAGUGUGACGGGGAGCUCCUGGCCUCUCGUUUUGGCUGUUUGUUCUUCGAAGUGUCGGCCUGCCAGGACUUCCAUUCUGUGCAGCAUGUCUUCUAUGAGGCGGUGAGAAGUGCCAAGAGAGGGGGCGAGAGGGGCAGUCUGGCCCGGGCCGUCUAUGUCAGCGAAGACAAGGCACUGCUUGGCGUACCCUCAAUCAUAACGCCAUGCUACAAGGAGCUGCCGUCCCCUGCUACAGCCAAGCUGGUCACAGUGAAGACAUCCAGGGCUCAGAGCAAACGCAGGGCUGCCACACUCACCCUGCUCAAAGGGUUCAAGAUCUUCUGA